AUGCUCACAGACACCCAAGAACUUCUUUCAAUACUUGAAAGAGUUGCAACAGCAGGUGAACUGAAGAAUCACCCAGCCGAGAAACAUUUGGCUAUAGGACAAAUAAUUUUGCACCAGCCAGAGGUUGAUUGGGAUCAAAUCCUAGACAACAAUAUGUCAAAUCUUGAAUCCUUUAAAGCUUUAGCUAGUGCACAGCCUGGAGAUGCUUCCGGUCAACCUGUUGCUAUCUUUGCCUUCCACAUUGCUAUUGCCAAAUUCAUGGAAACCAACUAUGAUUACUUACUGGCACUAGAUCAACCAUGUCCUGAUAGCAAUAUACUCAGCCUUGACUUUGCCAUUACUAUGAAAAUUUUUUGCAAGCAACCGCUCCAUAAUUACUCUAACCCAACAGUGCCCUCAAAUAUCUGGAUAAAGUCCCUUGUAUUUCAGCCACUGUCCCCCAAAAAACAGGCACAGCAAGAACUUAAACAAAAACAGGGAUACAACAAGGAGGAAGCCAAGGAAGCGGCAAGGCGUAGGGAUAAGCAUGACACUUGUCAGAGGAUUGCCAAUGAAGUUGCAAAAGAACAAUAUGCACCUCUCAAAUUGUGGCACACAAGACCUCAAAAGGACAAAGCAGUUCCAAUGGAGGAACUUGUUAAGUUAGUCAAUCUCACCCACGACUUGUAUACCAAAGCGGGAGUCAAGGACCACCAAGAUCUUCUGGCCAAACUUGAAAGGCAGAAAUUGGAGACCAUUGGAAUCAGUAGGAUGAAGAUGAUGUUGAAAAACCUCAAUAUUGAUUGA